AAACCUAGCUAUAGCAACAUUCUCUUCUAUAAAUACCUUUCAUUGAUUUCUAAUUCUCACUACUACUCUUCAUCUUAAAACUCUCUCUCUCUCUCUCAUUAUCAUAUUUUCUUUUACGUUGGCUUAUUGACUUUCUGAGUGAGUUACUACUUAUUAUUCCAACACAAUAAUGGCCUCCUUCAAGUGUUUGUGGUUCAUAGCUUUGCUAGCGUCAAGCUUGUUCAUGGCAUCAGAGAGUCGAAUAGUGGCAAGAAAGGAGUUAGGGUUAGACCUUGGUGGGUUGGGAAACUUGGGGGUUGGAAUUGGAGCUGGGAUAGGGAUCGGACUAGGUGGUGGAGGCAGUGGCGCCGGAGCAGGUUCGGGUUCCGGUUCUGGAUCCGGCGGGUCAAGCUCUUCUUCAAGUUCUAGCUCCUCUUCUUCUUCAUCUAGCUCCGGUGGGCGUGGAGGGUCAGGAGCGGGUUCUUCUGCCGGGUCUUCAGCCGGGUCCAGGGCCGGGUCAGGAUCCGGUAGAAACGGGGGUGGAAAGUGAGUGAUAUACAUAUAUAUUUGUGGUUAUAUCUCACAAAUAUUGUUACUUAUUGUUUUGAAGUUAAUUGUAUUAGAAAGAACAAGUGUUAGUUAUUAGUUACGUACGUGUAUUUGCAUGGUUUGAUUAAGAUUCGCCGUUAUGAAUAAAUAAGCCGACGGCGAAUUUUGUGGUGUGUAAUUUUUUGUUUUUCAAGUGUUAGAUUUUGUUUUAUAAAUAUUCGUUUUUACGCAUUUCUUGUUUUAUACUAAGAACUUGGAAUUAAAUAUGUUUAUGAACGGUAUCAGCUUAAUAUAAUAUUAUUGGUCUA